GUCCUGGCCUGGUUUGAAGAAGGGGAGGAGACCAUCACGGCCUUCGUGGAGCCCUUCGUCAUCCUCCUCAUCCUGGUGGCCAACGCCGUGGUGGGGGUGUGGCAGGAGCGCAACGCGGAGAACGCCAUCGAGGCGCUGAAGGAGUACGAGCCCGAGAUGGGGAAGGUCUAUCGCGCCGACCGAAAGGCCGUGCAGCGCAUCAAGGCCCGGGACCUCGUCCCCGGGGACAUCGCCGAGGUGGCCGGUGAGGGGACAGCCCAGUACCUCCCAGGCACCAACAUCGGGGCCGGCAAAGCCGUGGGCGUGGUGGUGGCCACGGGGGUCAACACGGAGAUCGGCAAGAUCCGGGACGAGAUGGCGGCCACCGAGCAGGAGAAGACCCCCCUCCAGCAGAAGCUGGACGAGUUCGGGGAGCAGCUCUCCAAGGUCAUCUCCCUCAUCUGCGUGGCCGUGUGGCUCAUCAACAUCGGCCACUUCAACGACCCCGUCCAUGGUGGCUCCUGGAUCCGGGGAGCCAUCUACUACUUCAAAAUCGCCGUGGCCUUGGCGGUGGCCGCCAUCCCAGAAGGGUUGCCGGCCGUCAUCACCACCUGCUUGGCCCUGGGGACAAGACGCAUGGCCAAGAAGAACGCCAUCGUCCGGAGCUUGCCCUCGGUGGAGACCUUGGGUUGCACCUCCGUCAUCUGCUCCGACAAGACCGGCACCCUCACCACCAACCAGAUGUCCGUCUGCAAGAUGUUCAUCGUGGACAAGGUGGAAGGUGACGUCUGCUCCCUCAACGAGUUCUCCAUCACCGGCUCCACCUACGCCCCCGAGGGGGACGUGUGAGUGACACGGGGAGGGGACAAUCGGGGCCACCUCCUGGUGGCACCUCCUGGAGCCUCCACCCACCACCAGUCCAAGGGCGUCUACGAGAAGGUGGGGGAAGCCACCGAGACGGCCUUGACCUGCCUGGUGGAGAAGAUGAACGUCUUCAACACCGACGUCCGCAACCUCUCCAAGGUGGAGAGGGCCAACGCCUGCAACUCCGGUGCCCCCGAGGGUGUCAUCGACCGUUGUAACUACGUCCGGGUGGGGACAACCAGAGUCCCCUUGACCCCAUCCGUCAAGGAGAAGAUCUUGACCGUCAUCAAGGAGUGGGGCACGGGGAGGGACACCUUGCGCUGCUUGGCCUUGGCCACCCGCGACACCCCCCCCAAGAAGGAGGACAUGGUCCUGGAGGACUCCUCCAAGUUCGCCGAGUACGAGAUGGACCUGACCUUCGUGGGCUGCGUGGGGAUGCUGGACCCUCCCCGCAAAGAGGUGAUGGGCUCCAUCCGCCUCUGCCGCGACGCCGGCAUCCGGGUCAUCAUGAUCACGGGGGACAACAAAGGGACGGCCAUCGCCAUCUGCCGCCGCAUCGGCAUCUUCGGGGAGGAGGAGGAGGUGACGGGGAAGGCCUACACGGGCCGGGAGUUCGACGACCUCCCCCCAGCCGAGCAGAGGGAGGCCUGUCGCCGGGCCUGCUGCUUCGCCCGGGUGGAGCCCACCCACAAGUCCAAGAUCGUGGAGUUCCUCCAGUCCUUCGACGAGAUCACCGCCAUG